CACCGAAGGUCAAGGACAAGGGUAACGAUUCUGAAAGUCUGUUGACUUUUCGUUGCUCUUAACUUGUAUCUGCCAUCAUGGGGCAAGUAUCAAGUUCUCCGGAUACAGUUGUUCCAGAUUAUAGAAAGGAUCAGUCAAAUGAUCCUAUGAUAGGUUUUCCCAAUGGUAGAAAGGAAAGAGUUGCACCAUUAACACAGGACCAAAUGGACAAUGCAUUGGUCCCAUUAAUGUACCGUGAUUAUUGUGUUGAUAAAUAUGUUGCUUUACAAAGUUGUCUAUCAAAACAAAGCUUUUUCAACACAUGGGCCUGUAAUGCACAGUGGCAUCACUUAGAAGACUGCCACAAAGCAGAUGCAAUUUUAAGACAUAAAGAACACGAAAGAGAGAGAAGACUAUUAGAAAGAAAAAGGAGAAUUCAAGCUAAAGCUAAUAGUUCUGUGGAGGCUAUUUAAUUUACAAAUAACUGAAUGAGACAAAUAUUGUGUUAAUAUGUAUAGUCCAGCAAAUAUAUUUGUCCACAUCUGGAGAUGAUUCAAAACAUGAACACAUGCAGCCUUUUUUUACGAAGAUAAUUGAACACACAAGUAUGGCUUUUAUAGGUUCAUUACCUUUUAGUCUAAAAACCAUAUCUGAUCUCUGAUCUCUGAUUGUUCACUAAUACCUUUGUUGGACUAUAUUUGAAUAUCAAUGUGAGCAGUUUUUGGAUACAUUUGAAGGACUUAUGGAAAAAAGGACAACGUACCAGGUGUAGGUUUAUAUGAUUGAAAUUGUAAAAUUAUUUGAGAGAAUUAAAUUUUAGUGUGACAAGUUCGGAUUUUUUUUAUCUCUUUCAAUAAAUCAAAACCUUACAC